GUGUCAAUUUCCUUCAUUUUAAAUUCCAAAUUCUUGCUUCUCUGAUCUCUCAAGCUUACAUAAUUCAUCUUGGUUUUUGUCUGUGAAAGGCCAAAUCUUAUAUUUUCUCUCCCUCUUCAAGCUGAAGAGACAGUGACUUUGCUCUCUCACACUCUUAAAAGCGAAUCUACUUUUCCUUUUUUUUUUCUUCUUCUUUUCUUUUGUUAAGCUCCUGUGAGCUGUAACUUAGCUAAAUCCAUUGCUUGUUACCACUUUAUGCUCUGAAAGUUCUCAGCUUUCGUUGUCUAUGAUAAGUCUAUUGUUCUCUUUAAUUAAUUUUUUUUUUCUUCGCUUGACUUGAGUACGAAUAAGCAUUUAUCCUAGGGUUCUCUUUCUCUUCUCUUUCCUAAAAGAAAUUGUGACUUGCUUCUGCUACAUUAGAUUUGAUGCUCUGUUGAUUUGUUUUUCUUUUCUUUUUAUCUUUUAAUUUUUUUUUAUUUCUUCUCUCUUUCUCCACUGUAUAAAACCUGCAAACUGGUUCAAGUUCCUUUGUCAAGGCUUGCAAACUAGCAAACCAAGUUUUGAAAUUGGAAAUUUUCUUUUGGGUGUGUUGAAUCAGAGGAAUGGGUGGAGAGAGUAAUGAAGAUGAGAUGAGGUUUAAGCAUGGAGAUGAUGAGAGUGGGAUCUCAAGAGUUGGAAUUACAUCAGUGCCCUUGUAUGCAAAGGCAGAUCCUUUCUUCUCUUCUGCAGAUUGGGAUCCAGUUGUCAAUGGUGGUGGCUUCUCAAGCUCCCAUUACCCUUCAAUGGCGAUGGACAAUCCAGGGAUGAGUUGCUUCUCUCAUUACCCACCCAGUUCGGGUUCGGGUUAUCCGGACAUGCCUGCGAGUCUUGUUCCGUUUGGUGAUUGUGGUGGUGGUGGUCAAAUCGGUCAUUUUCUUGGUUCAGACAAGAAAGGGGAAAAUGUUGGAAGAUUGAUCAGAGCUGGAGAGUCUCAUGAGGAUCAUCAUCAGGUUUCAGAUGAUGGUGUUCUUGGUGCUUCCCCAACCAGAAAAAGAAGGCAACCCGAAGCCGAAUCACAACGGAACAAGAAAGCUGUGGAGGAAUUUCAAGAAGACCCUCAAAGGGGAAGUGAUCAGAGCCAGAAGAAACACAAAAAUGAUCAGAGUAAAGAGACGAUGAACAAGGAGAGCUCACAGAGCGAAGAAGCACCAAAAGAAAACUACAUUCAUAUGAGGGCAAGAAGAGGCCAAGCCACUAAUAGCCACAGUCUCGCAGAAAGGGUUAGAAGAGAAAAGAUCAGCGAAAGGAUGAGAUUGCUUCAAGAGCUUGUUCCGGGAUGCAACAAGAUCACCGGGAAAGCAGUUAUGCUCGAUGAAAUCAUCAACUAUGUUCAGUCAUUGCAACAACAAGUUGAGUUUUUGUCUAUGAAACUUGCGACGGUGAAUCCGGAACUGAACGUUGAUAUAGACAGGAUUCUCGCCAAAGAUCUUCUUCAAUCAAGAGACAGAAACACUCCUACGCUCGGGCUGAAUCCUUUCACCGGUUUUCAAGGGACGAUACCAAACAUUUCUACCACCGCAAAUCCACAAUACCACCCAUUACCUCAGACAACGCUAGAGAGUGAACUACAAAGCCUCUAUCAAAUGGGGUUCGUCUCAAAUCCAUCGACUAUGUCCAGUUUCUCACCUAAUGGUCGAUUGAAACCAGAGCUCUAGUACUUCAAGGAGGAAAAUCUACAGAGAGUUUGUAUAGAAGAUGGCUUUGGUCCUAAGUAUCAUAUCUGUUCUUCCAUGUUAUUAUUAUUAUUAUUUUAUAUAUAAAAAAAAAACAGAAUGAUUUGGAUUCUCAGUUGUUGUUGUUUUUUAAUUUAUCAACGAAGAAUGCAUUUAUUAAAUAUGGUUUCAGAAA